UGUCAUUGUGUCUUAUCAAUAUUACAAUUUUUUGUCUCAACUUCUCAUCAGUUUGUCACAAAGUUUUUACUUAAAUGAUGUCAAAAUCUUUUUAGUGUCAUGCUCAGCCCAAAUAUUUUUUUAAAAAGUGACAUCAUUUCGCUGGGACCUCCUGGAAACUCUUAAACGACCCCUGGGACACCCUCGAGCCCUAGUUUGGGGACCACUGAAUGAUCUGCUGUGUUCUGAUUCUACAGAAUGUUCCCAACCGCCAUGAGGUCCGCGACAGACAGGGGGCGCUAGUUCCCCGGCUCCGGCGGGUCGGCCGGUCUGGAGCAACUGAAGUUUGUUCUGCGCGGUGUUUCGACGCAGGCGCAGUUCGUGCUGUUUGUCCAGUUUCGCUGGUUGACUUUUACCUGAGAGGUAGACUAGUUUCGGUUCGCCGGUGGGAAAAGAAAACACCAACCGCCGGUGGCUCGCCUCGGUGCGGAGGUGCUGAGACCCCCCCACCCCUCCGGCCCCGUGUGACUCAGGGGUCCCCGCAGCGGACUGUCGGACGGGAUUUCUCCUGGAUUUUGGAGUCGGUGCGCAACAGCGAGCGGAGCAGGAGGCAGGUGCACGGGAGAGGCACAGGACAGGGCAGGAGGGCGGUCUGUGUUUCUGUCGUCCACACGGGACUGGAUGACUGGAGAUCAACUGGUUGGAGCCUCGGUGGUCGAUCCGUGUUAGUUUGAUUAGUAUGCGGCCGGAGCCCCCCGCGGCUGCCGACAUCCAGCCGGAGGACUGAUCGGCAGCCCUGAAGUCUCCGCCGUGCCCGCCGAGUGACUCCUUGCCCCGGGGAGGACGAGGAGGAGCGGGAGGAGGCGGCUGCAGCAGGAGAAGGAGCAGUUGCCCGGCUGCAGCGACAGUCGUGUGGAUCGGGCUCCACGGGCACAACGCGGAGCCCCUCGCCUGGUGGAUCAGGAAGAUGAUGGGCUUUCUGCGCCGGACGUUCAGCCGCCGCUCCCGGAGCCGCCUCCAGGCGAGAGAGAGGGACGAGCGGGACGGUAAAGGAGGAGGAGGAGGAGGAGGAGCGGGAGGAGCGGGAGGGGUGACCGGGAACCCCCUGCUCCUGGCCCAUCAGCAGCAGGUCGUCCACGCGCCCGCCGUGGUCACCGGGGGGUCGUCGGUUCACAUCCCGGCUGCCGGGACGGCGAGAACCACCAUCACCUGCCGCGUCCUGCUGCUGGACGGCUCGGAUGUCAAUGUGGAUUUGCCUAGCAAAUCCAAAGGCCAGGACCUUUUUGACCAGAUCAUGUAUCACAUAGAUCUGGUCGAGACAGACUACUUUGGAUUGCAGUUCAUGGACAUGGAACAAGUCUCGCACUGGCUGGACAUGUCCAAGCUCAUCAAGAAGCAGCUCAGAGACGGGCCUCAUUACAGACUCUUCUUUAGAGUGAAAUUUUACUCUUCGGAGCCAAACAACCUGCGCGAGGAAUUCACAAGGUAUCUGUUUGUGUUGCAGCUUCGGCAAGACAUUCUGUCUGGCAAACUCAAAUGUCCAUACGAUGUCUCAGUAGAGCUGGCGGCAUAUUGUUUACAAGGUGAGCUGGGAGACUGUGAUCCGCUGGAUCACUCUCCUGAGCUGGUGUCAGAGUUCCGUUUCACUCCCAAGCAGUGCGUGACCAUGGAGGCGGACAUCUUCAGCAGUUGGCUGGAGCUCAGGGGGAAGAGCCCGUCUCAAGCAGAGAUUUCUUUUCUCAACAAAUGCAAGUGGCUGGAACUUUACGGAGUAGAUAUGCACUUUGUCAAGGGCAGAGAUGGAGGAGAGUAUGCACUAGGUCUAACUCCUACUGGUAUCUUAGUAUUUGAAGGCUCCAACAAAAUCGGGCUCUUCUUUUGGCCCAAAAUCACUCGGCUGGACUUUAAAAAGAGUCGACUGACGUUGGUUGUGGUGGAGGACGAUGAUCAGUGUCGGGAGCAGGAGCACACGUUCAUGUUCCAGCUGGCCAGCUCCAAGACCUGCAAGCACCUGUGGAAGUGUGCCGUCGAGAGCCACGCCUUCUUCCGGCUACGACAACCAACCACGGGAAAAGCCGGCCAGAGUGACUUCACACGACUCGGCUCCCGCUUCAGAUUCAGUGGUAAGACAGAGUAUCAGGCCACUCACGGAGGCAGACUGAGGAGAACCAGCACUUUCGAGAGAAGGCCAAGCAAGCGAUACCCCUCCCGCACACAGUCACUGGGCAAAGCUGCCAUUUCUCCAGCCAAGCCUCCACAUUUCAGCUCUCACGCCAGCCCUGAUGCCAGCCUCCAUCCAUAUCAGCACAACAUUCCCAUUGGCCACGAGCCGUGGCUCGCGCCCCGCCCCACUCUCACACCCCCGGUUUACCUGCAGCCCUCCGGACACACGCCGCCACACAGUUUCCCUCUGAGUGGUCCCACCUCAGACCAUCAGUUCAGCAUCGAAGAGAAUGAGACCACGUACGCUGGCAAGGUCCACCACCAUCACCGGCGCCACACACACAGCCAGGAGACGCUCUGCCACACACACACCAAGAACAGGCGUCGAGCUCCUCCCUGCCCAGCAGAUGAGUUGGACAUCUCUCAGUCUCUGCUCAAGGCUCUGGAGUCGGACAGCGAUUCUCCUCCCUGGCCCUCGCUGCCCUCGCUUCACGUCAACAUUGACAACAAGGGAGAGGAGAAGCAGCUGUCUGAAAAGUCUCUGCACCCCCCGGCCUCCCCGGCGAUGCUCCCUGACCACCUGAAAUGUAACAUCCUCAAAGCCCAGAUGGAGGCAGCUUUCAGGAAGGAAGCUCCAACAACACCCAGAGGAAAGAACUCAAAUGAGACCCUCAGUGACAGGUAUCAGAGCUCAUCCCAAGACUCGGCUGCAUCCAGUCUGACUGCAGAGAGGACACCUCAUCGGCAAGACCGCAACCCAACGCCAGAUAGACUGCAACCCACAGCCAACACAAGCACCGACCGCAGGAAACGACUGGUCAGGCAGUUCAGCUUUAACCAUGAAGAUGAAGAUAAUCUCCCAGAGGCACUCGCAGCCAUCUCUUCCCAGAGUACAGGAAAGUCCGGCUCCAGCGGCUCGCUGGACAAACAGAUCCAACCCUCCAUAUACCCACAGAUGGAUAACAUGCCUGCACUGGAGCUGGGUAGUCCAUGCCGUCCCUCUCCUUCACCCUCCCCCCACCUCUCCCCUUCUUACUACCGUAGCUCCAUUCCUCACCUGGUCCCUUACCUCGCUGUCCAUAAUGACAGCGGAGAGGAAGCGAGGCUGGACAGAGAGAAGAUACUAAGAGCCCUCCUGAUGACAGAGCUCUGAGACCCUGACCCUUGACCUCUAUGACAGAUGAAGUCUCGGUGUACAAAAGAAGUCCCAAAGUCGUUGGCUGCAAUCAGCAUUUGUAUAUUUGCAUAAUACGUUCUGCAGUUAUAAAUAUAUAUUUGCAUAAAGGCAAUUGUUAUAUUUGCUUAAUUGUUAUUUACUAAAAGGAACAUUCUUUAUAUUCAUCAAACUAAAAUGAUAAACUAUUGGCUAAGUGAGAGACUCAAAUGGAUACACGCACAGACACACACACACACACACACACACACACAGACACACACACACACACACACACACACACACACACACACACACACACAGCUUCGGAUGUGACUGGUGCUGCCUGCAUGAUAACUGUGGUGCCGUUUUGAGUUUAUGUUUUAUGUGAUUCCAUCGUCAUCGUGUCCAUGUCCAUGUCCAUGUCCAAACUGUGUCCGACAGCGACUGUUGAAGCAUCAAGCGCUACACUUUCAAAUAGAGCACUGCUGAAAUGACAAAUCCAUUCACUUUCAAAUCAGUUUGUUCAAAAUCAAAAUGUAAAUAGACAUUGUAUGCUGCAAUGAGCAGAACAGGCAUCAUCCAAUUUGACAUGCCAAAACAUUUGCAGCGUUUGACGUUUUAGGAAACUUCCUGAACAGAGUGAACUGAAAGUGAAUUGUAUCUCGCGGUGGAAGAUGUUGAGACUGUUGCUCGUACCGUGAGACUGUGAUGCUGCACUCUCAGUCCGUCCACUGGAAGGAGACAAACCUGCAGCUCCUGUAGCAGCUCAAAAAAUUCCUGUAGUGCAGGUUGUCAUGUGCAGAUCUUGGAUCACUUUGCUUUUUUUUGCUUUUUCUUUUUUACCCUACAGUUGAUGGUAUCAUCUCAAGUGAAAAACUGGUUUCAUAGGUCGUGUCCUUUUAAAUAGGGUAUAAGUGAGCAUAAACCUGCUGCUCAACAAAUGUAUUCAUUUUAUUUGUUUUGUCACAACCACAUCUGAGGCAGCAUUUCACCUCUUGCUGUUCUGAAUGUGUUGACUGAAUUGUUCCUGUCCAUAGUUGGAUCUUAAUAAAAGCCACGUCAUCCGUUUGACAACUCUG